GACAGAUGUCGCCUGCUAAACAAACCAGGAAGUUUUUCGACAACAUCGAGAAAACACUUUCGGAUAACUUUUUAAUGUGUUCAGGGAGGAAAACUUGUGAAGCAAAACUACAAAUUAACAGAAGAGAAAGAGAAGUGAAGGGUAAAUAGCAUCUUGUGCUGUGGACAAUAUAAACUUUAAUGAAGGAGCUCCAUCAGUGUUUUGAGAUCUAAAAAAAUGAAUUCAUUUUCAGAUAUUGAAACUAGAUAUCAAAUAUUAAACAAUUCUUUUUUUAUUGAAUAUUAAGUGGAUAUUUUAUUUAAUCUGAGAGUUGUGAAGUGAAGUCGAUGAAAGUGAAUGGUUCUGCUGCAUAUAGGAUUUGCCUUUGCUGUUAGAAUCACAAGGAAGACAUAUCAUGGAGUGUUCUUGGCUUCGGACAACUCUGGUGGCUUUCAUUCUAUAUAUUGAAUGUGUUUGCAGCAUGAAAACAUUUUAUCCCAAAAACACAACCACAGUGUUAAGGAAAAUAGCAGUAGACAGUACAGGCAGAAACCUCUACGUUGGAGGUAUAAACAUGCUGUAUCAUCUGAAUGCAGACAUGACGGAGGAGAUAGGAGUUGUGCAAACAGGGCCACAGAAGGACUCAAAAACAUGUUUGAGAGACAACGUGAAUGACGGAAAGAGCACCUGUGACAUUAAGUUGUAUGAUGAUUACAUCCAGUUAUUACAGGUGUAUGAGUCUGGUGGUGUACUUAUUACGUGUGGAACACUUUCUCUCGGUAAAUGUGUGGGCAGGGAUCUACACAAUAUUUCCAAUGUAAACUAUACCAGCGAUGCCUAUGUUUUUGUUAACACGGAGGAGACAGAUUCUACUGAAAGUGUUAUAGCGACGGUUGAGACACAAUCGAUUCUCUUUGUGGGCAAAUCUUACGUUGAAACAACAGAUUAUCUUGAACAAACACACGAAGGAGUGAAGAAUCUUAUCGAUGGAGUACAGCUGGAAGGAGAUGAUUUUUUGAGAUCAUUCGAGACUAACAGUGGUCAACGCCCAUUUCUUAUCAGAAGAAAAAAAAACACCUUAAGCAAAUAUGCAUCUUUUGUCAAAGGUGUCUUUUAUAUGAACAAUUCAAACUCUGUAUACACACUUCUUCAGAUAAAAACAAAAACAACGCAAAUGUCUGUGUCCAAGAUUUCUAAAAUUUGUGCAAAUAACACAGGGACACACAACAGCUAUGAAGACUUUCCGAUCAACUGUACUGGUUUUCCUUAUGUCCAAGGUGGAACUGUCAUUAAGCAUGAACAGGGCGAGGUGUUAGUUACACUCUUCUCAUCAACUGAGUAUAUCACGGAAACAACUCCAUGUGCUGUAUGUGUCUAUACAGAAGAUGAACUACUCGAGGGUUUCAGAGAGUCACGCAUUCGUCCUCCAGUCUGUGACAAUGAAAUGGCUUAUCAAGUAGAUUAUCUUGAAAUGACGCAGGGAUCGGAAGACUUGUCCAAACUGUUCAGUUCAGGUAAAAAAAUAUAGACAUAGGUUAAUGAAU